UAGUGGCUGGUAGAUGGAAAGUUUAUAUAUAUAUGGACGGCGAGGUUACGCGACAGUUUAGUACAGCAGUACAGCUUGACACGUACGCGCUCAAGGAACGUUGAGAGUUGAGAGUCGUUUGGAUUUGUUCGCGAUUAUUCUUUGUCAACUGUUGCGAUUGCGAACGUAUUCCAGCUUUUGUGAUCCAAGCUCCAAGUGUCUGUCUGUCUCUGUGCGAAAGCGAAACGUAUAUACGUGCUCUUACGAGGAAUAAUCCUUUGAGGAUAGAGAUAGAAGAGGCAACAGGCAGAGGCAGAGGCAGAGAUAGGGGAGAUGGGAAAAGACUACUACAAAAUACUUGGCAUAGCCAAGGGAGCGAGCGACGAGGAGAUAAAAAAGGCUUACAGAAAGUUAGCCUUACGAUACCAUCCCGAUAAGAACAGGAGCCCCGGUGCCGAGGAGAAAUUCAAGGAAAUAGCCGAGGCAUACGAGGUGUUGUCGGACGCGAAGAAGAGGGAGGUCUACGACAAAUUCGGCGAGGAGGGUCUGAAAGGGGGUGCCUCGGCCGGCGGAGGCGGAGGGGGUGCGACGUAUACCUUCCACGGCGAUCCGAGGGCGACGUUCGCUCAAUUCUUCGGCUCGGCCAGCCCGUUUCACAACUUGUUCGAGUUCGCUGGCAACCGCGGCGGAGGAUUCGCCUUCCACGACGACGACAUGGACAUCGACAUGGAUCCCUUUGGUCUCGGCAUGGGACCGCCGCGACAAGGCGGCGCCUUUAGAUCACACUCGUUCAACUUUGCCAGCCCGAAUACCGGUAAAGGGACUGGCAAAGAUCGCGCCCAAGAUCCAGCCAUCGAGCACGAUUUGUACAUCAGCUUGGAGGAGAUUCUGCGAGGUUGCACCAAGAAGAUGAAGAUAUGCAGACGGGCCAUCCAGCCGGACGGUAGCUCCAAGAAGGAGGACAAGCUUCUCACUAUCAAUGUAAAGCCAGGCUGGAAAGCCGGCACCAAGAUCACUUUCCAGAAAGAAGGCGAUCAAUCGCCGAGGAGAGAACCGGCGGACAUCGUUUUUAUCAUCAGGGACAAGCCGCAUCCGCUAUUCAGGAGAGAAGGCAGUGACAUUAGAUAUACGUGCAAACUGAGCUUGAAGCAAGCUUUGUGCGGCACCAUCGUCGAAGUUCCUACGCUAACCGGCGAAAAGAUACCCUUGAAUUUAACGAGGGAGAUUGUCAAGCCGAAUACGGUCAAGAGGUUCCAAGGACACGGUCUACCUUUCCCCAAAGAACCGUCGCGGAAGGGCGAUCUUCUCGUCUCGUUUGACAUUAAAUUCCCUGAAACUUUAACCCAAAGCGCCAAGGAUAUAUUGUACGACACAUUACCCAAUUGAGCUCGUAUCGUCGUAUCGAUCGAGAUACGCAACGGCGCGGCGGCGUAUAUAAUGUAAGAAAUAUCGAUGCACGUUCACACAUCUUUAAUCGUCUCAAUCAGCAAAACUACGGAUACGUCUCGUGUCUCGUGUACGUUCUAGUACUUGGAGAGACGCGAAGACGCGUAGCGACAACGACACGGACGAUAGUGACUGCGACGACUGCGACGACGACGACGACGACGACUAUGACAUGGAAUGAUCGAGAACGAUUAAAUAUUUCCAAGAUUUGCUCUUAGAGGCCAAAUCAAACAAGAUAAAUAUGUAUUUUCUUCGACGUUACGUCGAUAUUCACGUGAGUUGAACGUCAGCGACUUGGUGUCUAUAUGUAGCACGAUUGGUCUCUCAAUCGAGUAAAAAAGAAACCGUAAAGAAUAAACACAGAUAUAGAUAAAUAUAUUAAAUUAUAACGUAUAAAAUAAUUAUAAAGAAUCUGCUACGUUCACGUGAUUGUCGUGUCUGAAUUACUUUUUCUCCAUUAUACAUAUAUUAUGCGUAUGUGCAUGUAUGCGUGAGUGUGUAUGCGAGAGCAUCCUAGAAAUAUACGUGUGGUAUGUACGAAGGCUAUCUGUAAGAUAACGCAGAUGCAAUAUCAGAACAUUUAUCCGUUUCACUCGCAAGUGCGGGUUCGUACUUGUUACUACACAUGACACAUUUAACGAUAUUUAAGCAAUAGGUAACGGUUGUAAGAUCGAGAACGAAGGAAAGAAAACUUCUGUGGAAGAACGGUGAAACGAAAAUUUCAGAUAUCGCGACGAGUCUUGUACAUCAUUUUUGUCGUACGUACGCUCUGUCUAAUAUAAAGUCUAAUAUAAAGAAUUUUUCUUUACAUUAAAUAUUGCGAGACACAAACGAACAUAUAAUUAGGCUCGAUCCGAAUUAGUUUCACUCGGAUGUCGAGCGAACACGUCCCGUUAUGUACGUGCUCCUAAGUUUAAUGGUUGAUUAAUUAUUUGUACGCUAAAUAAUAUGAGAAAUAUUAAGUUAUACGAUACA